AUGGCGGCCCAGCUUUACUUUGACCAAUGCUGGGCUAUUCUCAGCACGAUCGGCCUCUCCAACGUCUUCUUGGGCUUCAUCGUCAUCAGCAUAACGAAAUUCUCCCCCGUCGCGCUGGUUCCCAUCAUCACUAGUACAGGUUGCGCCAUCGCCAACGGACUAGAUUUCUACAUCUACUACACGGAUAGUCCACUAUUGGACAAGGCGAUCGCAUCUGGGUUUGCCGAUACUUUUUGGCUGGUACAAGAAGCCGGCAUAUCCUUUUAUUCAUACGUCAUGUUGACGCACUUGUUGACGGGUCGCAGUCGGAAAAUCUAUCUGACGGUCUUUUGGAUCCUGAUUGCGGGCAUCACGGCCCUUCGAGGCACGAUAUUGAUAGCUCGACUCAAUGAUCUCUACAAUGUCAACAACAAUACCGCUUCAAAGAUUAUCGACUGGGCUCACGUUGGAUACUUUGUGCUCUUGGCAAUCCUGGAGUGUCUGAGCGCCUUCUACUUGCUCCGGAAAUUCGCGUCAACCAAGAAGAGAUCGUUGCGGGCUGCGCUGAACAUCAGCUUGUGGGGUCACUUGAUGCGAAGCACAGAGAUACGCGUUUCCUCUCUGGCGCUGAUUGGAGUCACGAGAUCCAUCACCUACAGCUUUCAUCCAUCUCUCUUGAACACGACGGACACGACUCCCAUGCAAAUCGAUCGGUUUGUAUACACCUUGGAGUGUAUCUUCCCCGUCAUUCUCUAUUUCGAUCUUUUGGCUUGCAAGAUCCAAUCCGAGAGCCAUCGGGCGAAUAACAUACGGCACGUGGAGACAUCAAAUUUCUUGAGAGAUUCUACAGCUGGCGAGCUCAGCAGCUCGAUCUCUCCCUUGUCAGAGAAGCCUUUUGAGCUUCGCAGAGAAACCCGUUACUAUUGUUCUCGCUCGAAUUAA